AUGGAGACGCUGUGCCUGCCGGCUACCUUCCCUGGGCCGUACCGGUGCAUACAUAUUGCUCAGUUUGAGAAUGUCAAAAAUGGAGAGGCGUUGCGGGAAGCGCUGAUUUCCGCAUCAAAGACGCCGGAGCAUUCCGAGGCGCGGCAGAAAAUGGACUAUGCAUUCCUGGAUGCACGGUGCCUCGUGAGCAAGCAUCAAAUUCAUACUGCCUGUGUAGAGGCCAUUGUUGCCUCUUUGCGCAUAAAUGCGCGUGAUGGAGGUGUUAUGGGGCUCAAGACACCGUCGAUCCAUUCCGAGAUCCUCUGGACACUGAAUCCGAAUAACAAUAUCGCCGAUGCAUUGCGCCGCUUUGGGGUCAGCGGUGCGACCAAGACGCUUCUGCUUGUGCAUGUCUGCGCAUCUGCGCCAGAAGGGAAAGAGUUACAGACGAUUGUGCGCGCGAUGGAGGCGCUUGUCGACGGCGAUUUGCGCACACAGGGCAUCUCCCUGGCGCUCGAUCCACACAGCGCAUCAACACUGCUACCGCCGCCAGAGCCCAACUGGAAGGAAAUUAAAAUGAUGUACAAGCUACAAGAUUCACCCGCCCACUCGUGA